AAUGAGCUGCUGAAGCAUCUCACGGACAUCACCAUUGUCGACUACACUUGUAGUUCUUUGGUAUGACUCUGCUGCACAUAUCACUGAGGAAACCGCAGGAGCUGCAUGCGCAGCACCAAUUGCGAUUUUGGUCGGGGUUGCCGGAACUGAGAUACUGGGCUGGCUUUAUUACAUCGCCGCUUCUUAUGCUACCACCUUGGUUCCAGAUCCUGCAGACAAAAUUAGCGCUCCCUCUUGGCCAAGUAUUUUUGAAUGUCCUGGGGAAGAAAGGUGCUUUGACCCUCUGGUCCUCCAUCACAGUGUUGCAGUACCUUUGCAGAUGCUCACAAGCUGUUGAUGCUUCACGCAUCAUUUUCGCAUUUUCUCGGGACAACGCUCUUCCCGGCUCAUGGUGGUGGAAGCACAUCAACUACACAAUGCAAACUCCAGUGAAUGCUGUAUAGUUUGUGAUGGUGCUCUCUGCCAUUUG